AUGAAUUCUACUAACGAGAGAGAUUGCGCUGAUCCUUUGGUUCCUGUUCUCGCAAAAGACCCGGAAAUGGUGAAGGAGAAGAUCGAUUCUGGGAAUCAUUCAAAGACUCGUGGGACGAUUAAAAAGCUUCUGAAAGUACUAGCUCUGAUGGUGCUCAUAACGAUGGUCAUUCUCGUAACGAACAGAAAUCCUAAGAUAGAAGAGCAAAUAAAAAUGCUUGAAUCACGAGUCGCCGAGCUGGAAUCAAAGGAGGCCUAUUUGCGCAGCGAUAUUAACAUAAACGUCGACUAUUACUACGAUGAGGAGGGGUCAGGCGAAGUGGAAAUAACAGACGAUGAGGAUUUUGACGAGUUCGAGUUGAAAAACUCGAUCGUUCGAAAAAUGAUCGGAACAUGGAAGCAAGUAAAGCUGGUUAACAUGGAGGCUUACUUGGAAAAAGAAGGGGCUAACAUCGUUUACCAGAAACUUGCAAAGUUCUUCCCGCCGACGAUGAUUUUUUUCGAAAAUGAACCUGGAAAGUUCGUCCAGGCGUUCCAAAUGAAACUGGCAAGCUACUACCACGAGUUCCCCUUCAAUCUGGACGGCACAAAGAUCUCCUUCAUCAAUCACGAAGACACAAAAUGCAUAGCCAGGGCAAGAGACGAAGGCGACCAAAUUUCCAUCGUCGCCGAGGGAGGAAGGAAUGGACCUCUCCUAACUUGGCUUUACUUCGAUGAGCAGGGGAGAAUCGUUAUGAAAACGACGCUGCCGGAUUUGGACAACAUAACAGCGAAGAGAGUCUUCGAGUUUGUCAGUGAUUCCACUGAACAUUAA